AUGGGAGGUCUAUUCACAAAAUCAAAGAAAGAAGGGUUGAUUAACCAAUAUGUUACAUCUCAAGAUCAAGCUAUUCUUGAUCUUAAAAUUCAAAGAGAUAAAAUGAAGACAUAUAUAAAAAAAAGUGAGAAAACAAUAGCACAUGAUAAGGAAUUAGCUCGUGAAUUAUUAAAUAAGGGAAUGAAAGAUAGAGCUUUGUUAAUGUUAAAAAAGAAAAAAUAUUUAGAGAAAAUGAUUGAAAAGACAGAAAAACAAUUAGAUACCAUUCAAAGAAUGGUCAAUGACAUUGAAUUUGCAACAAUUCAAUCUGAAGUUGUAAAUAAACUUAGAGCCGGUAAUGAAGCAUUAAAAAAAAUGAAUCAAAUGAUUGAUUUGGAUGAAAUUGACAAAAUUAUGGAAGAAACUAAAGAAGGAGCUGAAUUCCAAGAAGAAAUAUCUAAUAUGCUUUCAGGUGCCUUUACUCAACAAGAUGAAGAAGAUUUAGAAGCAGAAUUAGAAAGACUUACUGAACAAGAUAUUGAUGAAAAAUUAGUUGGAUUACCUAAAGUUCCUGAAAAUGACAUUGAUAUUAAAGAGACUGGUAUUAGCGAACAAAAUAUUAAAGUUUCAAAAGCUAAAAAAAAUGUUUCAAAAGUUCUAGCUAACUAG